AUGGGUCUGAUAGUUCGGCCCGUCUUAGGAGGAUUCAUGGUGGAGAGAUUUGGUUACUUUGAAUUACAGUGUGUUCAGGCGACUUUGUCUAUCGCCUGUGGCAUAGGGGCCGCCGCUUACCUCAGUCCCGCUCCUCCCUUGGAGGUUACCGAGGGAAAUGAGGCGAAUAGCGGCAGCGCCCCCUACAAUCCGGCCCAACCCGCCCCGAAGACAACACUACUUCCUGCUACUAGAGAGAUCUAA